AUUCAGAGGAGCUCCCAAGUCUGUCCCGCCAGAGCUCCGCUUUACCUCCCCAGUCUCUCAACACCAACCGCGCAAGGGACUCCAUCGACACCCGUCGCGAUCAAUUGAACCGGCAGAUGCCGCUCUGAGCUUGGUGAGCUGCUCCGAGAAUACCACGAUGGUUUUAUUUUGUCUGACAGUAGCUUCAAUGGAAAGGGGUAUAAUCCGAUGCUCGCGCAACUCUCCCCUUCCGCCAUGGCUUCCCAGAACGAGUCGCCUGACACUCGCCCGACGCGGUCGCAGGCCCAGCCAACAUCCUCACCUUUCCAGUCGAGAGCCGCGAAACAACUUGGCCUCUUCUUCGCCGGCGCCGGCUUCUUCGUAUUUUCGGCAAUGGUUACCCGACGCUCCGUGGCCCGCAAACAACUCGCCGCCUUCCCGAAAUUCUAUCAACCUAGCCACUAUGCUGCGGGCAAACAAGGGAAUCCAGAGGGUGGCAUGAUUGCCGUCGAGGCUUUGAACCUGGCCACACUGAACGUCAUGAGCUUCGCAAUCAUGAUGACUGGAGGUGCUGCUUGGGCAUUUGACGUGUCUUCGGUUGACGACUUGAGAGAGAUGGCUAGGAGAAGCAUCCGUGGAGCGGCUGGCCAGACGGACGAGGCGGCUGAGAAGGAGUUUGAAGAAUGGGCUGCAAAUAUUUUGACAAAGUUCGGCAAGAUGCCGGAAGAGAGCAAAAAACAAGACGACACAAAGACCGAGGUCGAUUCAAAGACAAGCAAGUAAGGACGGCGAAGUGGCUACUUCUAGACCAUGCUUAUCCCCUUUGUCGCGAAAUGCGGACACUCCCUGGGCAAGCCUCACAUUUGGUUGCUACCAGCUCGUUUCCACCUCGACAAUAUGUACAAUUGAUAAGGCGAAUAUCGCCACAUAAGACACAUCUCACCAUCAAGCGACUGAACAGCUAGUACUGCCCGCUCUGAGCUAGCAUUUCUACCCAGAAAGAGUGCUGGCUUUCGUGAGCAAGCGAGACCGGACGGGGUCUAUCGGAAUGAAGAAGCCACC